CAUCGGAAGAGUAAAUAAAGUCGUUUGCACAGCCAUACCUCACCCUUCGUGGUAGUUACAGAGCGAACUCUCAGCCACCAUUACGUGUAACAGCCGAGGAAUCAGCGAGUUCGCUUUAACCACCUCUCCACUGUGUGUCUUUAAGUGGGAUUCUCCGGCGAUAGGAGGGGUUGGAGUGACGCUGGCUUCGCUGCCUUGCGCUUUGGUGCUGCUGAGCUGAGCAACGCUCUUCACCUGCAGAUGAGAGAGAGCGAGGGAAGUCAGGACGGGCUUUCUACUUCUGAAGAGCUUACCACUGCAAGUGCAGAGCACAGGGUGGACGUAUCACAGCUAUCACACGGCGCGGGGAAAUUAUACACUUUACCAGAAGAAAUACGAGUCGUGUCGCCUUUUCUAGCUCAAGCAGCCGCUGCUCGCUUGCAACGAUGAAAACUGCUCUCGUUCUCUUGCUGGCAUCAGCCUUACAACAAGCCGCGUUUUGGGGGACUAACGGAGACCUCGUGUCCAAAGCCCCCUGCAGACCCGGCUUCUCGCAAAGUUCCUACUCUGUGCUCAUUUCAAGGAAUGUACUGCAAAGCCAGAGCAUAAUUAAAGAUACCACCGUGUCAUCGCGGAAAGUGAGGUUUGAUGACUGUAUGGAGAACGAGGGGGUGGUCUUUCAGAGCGGUGACGCCAGGUUCAGCGUUGGGACCGAUGGGUCCAUCUACACCCAGAGAGAGGUGGCAGGCCUGAGCGGACCGGUCCAGUUCACGGUCACUGCCAGCGGUCCACACACACACGUGUGGGAGACAACGGUCAAACUGGCCCCGAUGGGGCAAGCCACACCCUCACCGCCAGGCAAUCAGAUCAGAGUGGAACAGGGGAAAGGAGGGGAGAGGAAGGAGGAAGAGGGGGUCAAAGCACCACCAGAGUUCCAGGCCCCACCCACCGUCAUCAUGUUUCCCAGGCAACGGGAGAUGGGCUCCAAGGGACUGCGGAGACAGAAGAGAGACUGGGUCAUUCCGCCAAUCAACGUGCCUGAAAACUCCAGAGGUCCCUUCCCACAGAUGCUCGUCAGCAUCCGUUCGGACCAGGACCGUAACAUCUCCAUCCGGUACAGCAUCACGGGGGUGGGAGCGGACCAGCCACCCAAUGAGGUGUUCAGUAUCGACCCUGUUGCCGGGAAGAUGUUCGUCACCAAACCCCUGGACCGAGAGAGGAGAUCAUCCUACCAUCUUCGUGCCCAUGCAGUGAACAUGAAUGGUGAGCGGGUGGAGAGCCCCAUAGACCUGUACAUUUAUGUCAUAGACAUGAACGACAACCGGCCUGAAUUCAAGAACCAGGUCUACAACGGCUCUGUGGACGAGGGCUCCAAGCCAGGUACAUUUGUGAUGCACCUGGCAGCUUUCGAUAACGACGACAACACCACGGCCAAUGGGAUGGUGCGCUACCGGAUCCUGUCCCAGACGCCACACAGCCCCAUCCCCAACAUGUUCACCAUCAACAGCGAGACUGGAGACAUCGUCACCGUGGCAGCAGGCCUCGAUCGCGAGAAAGUGUCCCAGUACAGCAUCAUAGUCCAGGCCACGGACAUGGAGGGCAACCUAAACUUUGGCCUGUCCAACACGGCCACCGCCAUCAUCUCGGUCACAGACAUCAACGACAACCCGCCGGAGCUCACUUCCAGGACUUUUUCAGGCGAGGUCCCAGAGAACCGGGUCAAUGUCGUGGUUGCCAACCUGACCGUGAUCGACCGGGACCAGCCACACUCGCCCAACUGGAAUGCCGUGUACAGGAUCAUCAGCGGAGACCCAAUCGGUCACUUCACCAUCAUCACCGACCAACACACCAACGACGGCAUGGUUACCGUAGUGAAGCCGGUGGACUUUGAGCAGAACAGGGCCUUCAUGCUGACGGUGGUGGUCAAUAACCAGGCCCCGCUGGCCAGUGGGAUCCAGUCGUCCCUCCAGUCCACAUCCGGGGUCACCAUCUCCGUGGUAGACAUCAACGAACCGCCCUUCUUCCCCACUAACCCCAAGUCCAUCCGCUUUGAGGAGGGCGUCCCUGCUGGCACGUCUCUCACCACAUUCUCAGCCAGCGACCCUGACCGUUUCAUGCAGCAGAGCAUCAGGUAUUCUAAACUGGCCGACCCAGCUGACUGGCUGUCCAUCAACAACACCAACGGUCAGAUCAUCACCACGGCAACCCUGGACAGAGAGUCCAUCUACGUCAAGAACAACGUUUAUGAAGCCACCUUCCUCGCAGUUGACAAUGGCUCUCCCAUGGCCAGCGGUACAGGGACCCUCCAGAUCUAUCUGAUAGACGUGAACGACAACGCUCCGUCUCUGCUGCCCCGCGAGUCUCAGAUCUGCGAGCGCAUCAACCGCAACGCCGGCAUCAACAUCACGGCUGCAGACACAGACACGGACCCCAACGUGGGCCCUUUCGUCUUCGAGCUGCCCACGUUCCCUGCUAGCAUACGACGCAACUGGACAGUGUCACGUCUCAACGGUGACUAUGCCCGGUUGAGUUUGCGGACCCAGUAUCUGGAGCCGGGGGUGUAUGAGGUGCCUGUGAUUGUGACCGACUCGGGGAACCCUCCCCUCUCCAACAGGUCCGUUAUCAAGGUCAAGGUGUGUCCGUGCGAUGAGAACGGAGACUGCACCCUGGUCGGGGCUGUGGCUGCCGCUGGACUUGGGACUGGAGCCAUCAUUGCCAUUCUCAUCUGUAUCAUCAUACUGCUCAGUAUGGUGCUAGUGUUUGUACUGUGGAUGAAGCGCAGAGAGAAGGAGAGACAGACCAAACAGCUGCUGAUCGACCCGGAGGACGAUGUCAGAGAUAACAUCCUGAAAUACGACGAGGAGGGAGGGGGAGAGGAGGACCAGGACUAUGACCUGAGCCAGCUGCAGCAGCCUGACUCUCUGGAGCACAUCAUCAGUAAGCCCCCGGGGGUACGGAGGGUGGACGAGCGCCCCAUCAUCCCUGAGUCCCAGUACCCCAUUCGACCGGUGGUCCCCCACCCUGGGGACAUCGGGGACUUCAUCAACGAGGGUCUGCGGGCGGCGGACAAUGACCCCACGGCCCCUCCCUAUGACUCCCUCCUGGUGUUUGACUACGAGGGCAGCGGCUCUACGGUCGGCUCCGUCAGCUCCCUCAACUCCUCCAGCACAGGGGACCAGGACUACGACUACCUCAACGACUGGGGCCCCCGCUUCAAGAAGCUGGCCGACAUGUACGGGGGAGGGGAUGACGAAUAGGGCCACAGGGGGGCCUCGUUAGAGAUCCACUCCCCCAGCCGAACCCCCUCAGCUGGUCUGCCAUGCUCUCCCUCUCUCUCUCUCCAACCUUGGAGAGACAGAUAACACACACACACACCACACACACCAAUAUACACCACACACACCAAUACACACCACACACAACAAUAUACACCACACACACCAAUGCACACCACACACAACAAUAUACACCACACACGGCAAUACACAUUACACACGACAAUACACACCACGCACGACAAUACACACACCCCACGUGACAAUACACACCACACACACACAAACCAACUGAACUGACCUAGCAACUGACCAAUCAAUCAAGCAACCGCCAUAGUGAACUGUGCAGUGAGGCAGCUUUGUCCUUCUGUACUGUAUUGUACUGUACUGAGUCCUCUCCUGCUCCAAGGUGUGUUGGGGGAGGGGGGUAGAUUUUGGGGUUGGCUACUUUUGUUUUAUGUUAUUUAAAAAAAAAAAAAAAAUGUUUGAUUAUCUCAUGGUGUCCUCACUGUCCUUAAAUGCAAGCUAUUUCCUGGUGUUUGGAGGUCAUUGGUUUUCUAUUUCCCAGAUCAGCCCCCAGCCUGUCCCUUUGCAGAUAGAUUGAGGUGCAUAUUGUGUGACGGGGAAGAAAAGAACAAAAGAAACACAGAAAGUAAACUCCUUCCUCUGCGUGGAAGGCCCUGGUUUAAUCUCUCUGAACUUGAAUGCCAUAGAACAGAAGCACUGUUGUUUAAGAAGUGCCUUCAGUGGUGCAUAUGUGUUUUUGCUGACUCCCGCUAACUCAGGAUUGGUGGCCAUUUUCCCGGGCUAACGUGCACCCCGUCGUCCCCCGUCCCCUAAUUAACCCUCGCCUUCCCGCCCCUGUUCCUGUGUGUCAUGUCCAUCGCCCUGCAAUGUAACACGGGCAGAUGCAGUAUAAGUUGCAGUGGGGAUUUGCCUUUGGGGGUGAGGGGGGUAUCGUUGGUGUGAAUUUCGGAGAGGGAGUGCUCUGUACAAAGACAGACAGUAUAUCUCCUUAGGUGAAGGACAAAUCUUUUCUUUCCAAUCUGGCACAUCUGAGCUUCUAAUGCACAGCCGUCACCUGUGUGACAAUAAGGAAUCGUCACACUGACGCAGAAUGGGACUGUGUCGUUAGACCACUUGUAUUUACUGUAUUCAAACAGUGUGUACCCUCCGCGAGCAGUUGAGUUUGGAUGGUUUUGUGACUUUGUGAUCUUGAGUUUGCAUUACUUUGCACUUUUAACUUAGCGAGGCUGUGUGAGCUAGGGAUAGAGGGAUGACGAGUCAUUUUUAAUGUGAAAGAAAUGAAUCCAUAGGAGUUUUUUAUUUUUUUUUAUUUUUUUUUACCUAGUCUCUCUUAGAUGAAGGAUAUGGGUGGGAUGCAUGGUUUCUGUCCCCCGUUUCCAAAUGUUGUCAACUUGGCACUAGUUGUCUUGUGGUCUUAUUGGUCAAUGUGUUGAGGAAAACUAUAUAAACUGUAAAAAGAUGAGAAAAAGGGGUGUAAAAGUAGGUCUUUUUUAAGUAUUCGAACGAACCGUUUGUGCUCCGUCUCUGCUGGCAUUGCUGGCAGAGAAGACAAAUUGUGAGACCCAAAGUUUCAAGCAUCGACUUUAGUCUUUUUUUGUGCUGAUUCACUGUUGCAUCUUGACACACUUUUGAUAUGCCAUCUCUGAUGCUGGUCCCCGUCGCAGCAACAGAGAGAGCGAGAGUGAGAGAGCUGAGAUUCUGUCAGGGACUUAGCAAGCACCACAAUCUGUCUCUCCUCAGACACGUUCAUUCAUUUGAAAUGCAAGAGGUUUUGAAAACGUGUCGGAGAACAUAUGUCUCUUACAAACUUUUUUGGGGGGGGGGGGGGAAAGAGCGAUGGAGAAGAACUGCACUUUACCAAAGCAGGGUUCAAUAGUGCUAAACAUUUCACUCUUUAGAGAAGAAGGUGCCUAUGAGGAACACACAUUUUAUUGUCUUUUGUGUAAACAGAACUACCCAACAUUCCUAUGAUAUACAGUGCAUUUACCCCAGUUAUACACUUGUUUCUCACUCACACACGGGCAGAAGUCCUCUUGUAAAUGACCUUUCACAUAGUGUUCCCGUGUUCCCAGUUGAGGAGAUGCUGAAGGAAUCAACACGGCUUCUCUCGCACUGCCCACUCACACAGUCCACUCAUUCUCUCGGCAGUUAACGGAGUCCACCGGAAUGUUGUUCUCUUUCAGAACAGUCCACUGAGUUCAGUGUCAUUUCAGUUGAGAUUUUACACUUGAGAGAAACGUGGUUCCUAUACGUAGAGAUACUUCUCUCUCCCUAAGCUCGUUCUCUCUAAUGGUGGAUUUGACAGAAAUUGGGCAGGGUUAUAUAUUUAAUUCAUCCUCCAGUUACCCUUCGUAAUAAAGAGGAUGAUGGAUCCUUCCAGGUAGUCUCCUUGACAGAGAGAGAGAGAGAGCCUUUAAACUCCUAGAUAAGAUAUGAGGAGAGGAGGACUCUCAACGUCCCAUGCUCAUCCACCCAGCUUCCCCUUCUAUAUCAGCUCUUUACACACUACAUCCAGCAUCUCUUCGUCACAUCUUCCUCUGGAGAAAAAAUAUAUGUACAGUAUGCCUUACAGAGAGGGGAAUGGAGGGAGGGAGGGGGGGAUAGGGGCAGAGAGGUGGGAGGAAGCAAAAUGAUAGGAAGGGCACUGAAAGGGGGAGUAGGUCAUAUAUGGGCUGUUGAAUAACAGUGAGUUGGACCCCAAACCCACCUGAUGUAGAGUGACAGGGCAUCAGUGGGUAUGAACUUUGACCCUCUGGUCUCGCUGUGUACCGACAAUGCCUUUGGAUGGUGACAUACAGAGAAACAGGAAGCGGUAUUUAGGGUUUCCACCUCACCUCUCGCCAUCGCAAAGUAGGAUUAGUGCUCCUCUCUUCACUAAAGCUUAGCUCGAUGCACACACACACACACACACACACACACACACUGCACAGCUGUUGCUGCUCACGAUUCAUGAUUAUCUCCGACGUAUAAAUGUUGUACAUAAACUUUUCUUUUUUUUACACAUUUUGUCGUUUUGUACAUUUGUUCACUUUAUAUUCUUCACCCUGUGUUUUGUUUUCUUUGUUGUUGGACGAGUAGCCUGCCCAGCCUGCUCGCCAGCUUCAAGUCCCCACAAAAGCCAUUUGCGUUCACGGAAGAUUCAAAGAGACUCAUAACGCUCACCGCCGUACUUGUUGAUGUGGGUGUCGCCGUUCAAGGUCGGCGUCGUUAUUACACGACGUCCUCCUAUACAUAUUUGCACUCAGCCUCCCUGGGCAUCACCCUGCAUGUCAACCCAUAUCGAUAAGGCCUCCUUGCUAUGCCCCACCCGAGAGAGUCCAGCCUGGCUGAUGGCCAGACAGCAUUCAGAAAGACAUGUUUCAUGACUGCCUGCUGGUCCCUCCAGUCUGUCAAAUGUACACCUGCAUGGGUGGCAGCGGACAGAGAGGAGACCCAGGCACUUUAUGUUCCCACUUUACUUAAGGCUGCUGUCAUAAGCGCUACGUAGCAUCCUCACGUGAACAGGCUGUCAUAGUGAACGUGUCACUAUCUCGGAGUUAUUAGAGAGACAAAUGAAGCCGUGUCAUUCCAACGCUACGAGGGGAUGAGAGGUGAAGCCAGGGAGGGGUGAAAUGAAGGUGCUGGAUAAACGAAAGGCUUGAAUUGGAGGUUUGAAGGUUGCACUUGUGAAUGUGCGAAGGUGGUUGCGGUAGGGGUGAAUGGAUGCUAUUGCUGUGACAAUGAUACUCACAGGGGAACUGGCGAUCAGGAUGUAUGGAUAUGCGCAUCCACGUCUUAGUUUGGCAUAUUGAAGCAGGAGCUGGCGGGAGGCUGAAGUAAUACAACUCAAUUCCUUGAGCAAAAGCUUGGGAUGAACGAUGUAGUGGGAGGAAGGCAGUACGUUUCGCUUCUGCAGAUGUAUUUCAGACCCGCCAUUUAGUAUCUGCGUGUACGGCUCGGGCCGUACUCUACAGUGUACACUCCCUUUACCAUAAGGCCUGCACACAAGCAGUCCGUCUGUCCGUCCGUCUGUCCCUAGGUAGAAGUGGUUAUCUUCUGUUAGCCUUUGAGCGGUUACCCUCACUGGAGGACCACAGAUCCUGAAAGCUUUCCCCAAUCCAUGGGGUGUUUGUUCGGCACUCUAUCCAAACCGCAGGAGACUAACCAACAAGUUAGUUACAGUGCUAGACGUAGCCUUCCCUUUCACCAGGAACGCGCAGAAACACGAACAGUGCCCGAGUCUCAAAUGGCCCCUUGUUCUCCAUAUAGUACACUACCGUGGUUGAAAGUAAUGCACUAUAAAGGGAUAGGAUAUGAUUUGAGACGCAGCCCGUGUCGUAUUGGAAGUCGCCCCCGAUGUUGCUCACGUCUGAGUGUACAUAAUGUAGUAAUUGCUUGAAGCUAAACGGAUCAAGUUAGGCAACAUAUAACUGUACAAUUUGAGCUUUUUUUGCAUGUGUCUUUUUAUAAUGGGCAGAAGAAGAAUUCUAUAACAGUUAUCAUCAAGAUAAUUUGAAAGCGUGUAGCAGCCCGCAUGAUCGAGGUUGCGGUCCAGAAGGACUUCUGGUAUGUACCAUACUCACAUAAACUCAAAUGGAGAAAAAAAAAUGAAACGGAAAAACAAUCUAAAACGCUUUAAAAAAAAUUAUAACAAUUGCACAGUUAUCAAGGUAAAAUACUUUUUUUGUAAACUGUCAACAGCACAACUAUUUUGUAUUGUUGUUUGUACCAUUUUUGUAUGAAAAAAGGGAGAGAAAAAACGCGAACAAAAAGGGAAAGAGUGUGUUGUUUUAAGCGUGUGUUUCUAGUGCCACUGCGAUCUUGGUUUCCAAAUACAGUACAGUACAUACGCAGCCUUGCAGAUAAACCUUGUAAUAUAGAUGCUGAGUUGGCGACUCCACGUCAGCACCCCCCUGUGUUAUAAAUAAAGUUUCCCCUCCUUAUGCAAA